GCUCGCCGGGACAUGUUGGGUGUCGCCGUCCGCCGGUUCGCCACCUCGGCCGCGCGCCGCGCGCAUUAUGAAGAGGGCCCGGGAAAGAACCUUCCUUUUUCGGUGGAAAAUAAAUGGCGAUUAUUGGCAAUGAUGUCAGUCUUCUUUGGAAGUGGGUUUGCUUUUCCCUUUCUUGUAGUAAGACAUCAGCUGUUGAAGAAGUAAACAGGUAA